AUGAAGACAUUGAGCGUAUACUUCGUUGGUGUAUUCAUAGUGAAUACUAUUAUAUGGUCUACGGGACUUGCAAACAAAGUUGUUAUUAUUACGUUAAAUCCAUGGACAUUUUGCUCUACGAAUGGAUCCGUGUGUGUAGACAAUGUGUCAGUACCAGGCUCGUCGCACCUUCACUUGAUGGAAGCGGGGAUAUUAGACGACCCAUACUACCGAUUUCAUGAGAGAGUGUAUCAAUGGGUUGCACAGGAGACAUGGAUAUACAAGACACAAGUGACAUUACUACCGAAUGAUAUCAAGUCACAGAUAAAGCUCGUGUUUGAGACGCUCGAUGGUAUCGCACGUGUGAUGGUCAAUGACAAGCAAGUCGCCAUUACAGCAAACUCGUUCAUACCAUAUCAGUUUGAUGUUACAGAUGUGCUUCGAACGGGCAUCAACCAGAUUCAAGUAGAGUUUGAGCCGGUGAUUAACUACACGAGACAUCAAGCUGACAAGUAUCCAUACUUUGUCCCAAUGACAAGGAAUUUUAACACGUGGACGGAGCCGACACGUCGCUCAUUUGUUCGCAAGGCUGGAUCAGAUUUUGGCUGGGAUUGGGGACCGGCCUAUGUCACAUCGGGUAUUACUGGUGCAGCGUUUAUUGAGAUUGAACAACCUGUGAUCAAGCUGAAGGACUUGCAUGUGGUGCACGUCUUUCCGAGUAGGAAGGAGGACCUUUCGAUUGUGGAUGUUACUGUUCAUGUGACGUUACAAGGAGGCAAAGUGACGCAUGAGAAUGUCACGUUUGAACUGUUUGUCAAUGAGGUGAGAAAGACGGCAAUCACUACAACGAUCUCGAAGAACUGGACGAAAGAUGAGACGAUCGAUCUCACGUUUCGGUUGGACAAUCCAAAGCUAUGGUGGCCUGGAGGAUACGGCGAGGCAUACCUGUAUAAUCUACGUGUGGAUGCAUGGAACGCGCACUUCAGCGCAUCUCUUUCUCACAAGAGCGGUGUUCGCCUCGUGGAACUCAUUCAGGACGACACACGUGCCGGAAAUGUGACUGGAAAGACAUUUUAUUUUAGAAUUAACCAUGUUCCUGUGUUUAUCAAAGGUGCAAACUUGAUCCCAACCGAUUCGUUUCCCACACGUACCAAGACGUCUACGGUGCGUCAUUUACUGGAGAGCGCGCGUGCUGCAAACAUGAACAUGAUUCGUGUUUGGGGCGGCGGUCGAUACGAAUCCGACUUCUUUUACUCCGUAUGCGAUCACUUGGGCAUCCUAGUAUGGCAGGAUCUCAUGUAUGCUUGCGGAAUGUAUCCUCGAGAUACUGUAUUUCUCGAAAAUGCAUUGCAGGAGGUGAGAUUUCAGGUUAGACGCCUUCGCAAAUACACGAGCAUCGCAAUUUGGGGUGGUAACAACGAAAACGAAAACAUGAUGGAGCAGUUUGUUGAAGCUCCGAUAUUUCCUCCAGGAAUGACUUUUAAUCGCGACAUUGCAGUUGCCGACUACACUACGCUUUUCGUGGACCUUAUCCACCCCACUAUCAUUACAAUGGACCCAACGAGACCGUUUGUUGACACAUCGCCGUCGAACGGUUUGUAUUCGACUGAUCCUUACGUCAAACGAUGGGGCCCCUCGAACGGGAUCGCUUUUGGUGAUGUCCACUUCUACGACUAUAACAGCGACUGUCAAGACUACCAGAUCUACCCGCGCGCUCGCUUCAUUUCCGAGUUUGGUUUUCAAAGCUGGCCUUCAGCUUCUUCGCUACGCGUCGUUAGCUCGAAGGAUGAUUGGGGCUCCUUUCAAGCAUUUUGGAAAUUGUUAAAGUAUCGUGAAAGGCAUGAAAACGGCACAACUCAAAUGCUUACGCAACUGAAACGCCGCUUUCAUGUUCCAUUCCCCUUUAGCAACGAAGAGUGGCUGAGUAAAGCGUCUGAUGCUCGGGGAGAUCAAUCUUUUGGUUCUAGCAUUAGCAAGCGCAUUGAGUCGUAUCUGUAUCUGACUCAAAUCCAGCAAUCAUUGUGCUACCAAACCGCCAUUCAGACGUGGCGUCGUGGCAAAAAUCCCGACCUUGGCAUGACCAUGGGCGUUUUGUAUUGGCAGCUGAAUGAUAUUUGGCAAGGCAGCAGUUGGUCAAGUAUUGAGUACUCCGGUCGAUGGAAAAGCUUGCACUAUGUGGCAAAGCGAGAGUUUGCUCCUUUUAUCAUUUCCCUUUACGAGCUGAGAGACAGCAAAACCGUUCAGGUGCAUGGCGUAAGUGAUGUGAACCAAAAGUUGCGUGUGGACGUCGUCUACGAGCUUCGGCGAACCAAUUGUGGCAGCCUCGUAAAGUCAAUCAAUCGUCAGGCCAUCGAAAUAGCAGCACUGGAGAGUCGAUUGAUUGACGAACUGGACGUCGACACCAUCCUCAAUCAUAAUGGCACAUUUUGCCAUAGCACAUCCUGCUACUUGCAUGUACGCUGCGUUGCGAAGAGCAGUGACCCUGGGUCUGAUUUGACGCGUGUAUGUGAGGAUACGCAUCACUUUUUUGCGCCGUUCAAGCACCUGAAGCUCGGGUGGGGUGACGUGAGCGUACACUCUGUCGUGAAAAUGGAGACCGAUAAUGCCAUUGCAUUUAGCGUCCAGCUCGUAUCAACCGACUUCGUGGCAUUCUUCGUGGAAAUUGAUGUGCUAGACGUACUCGGGUACUGGAGUUCCAACUCGUUCUUGAUGCUCGGGAAUUCGACCAAGACGCUGAAUUUUACUGUGAUGGAUACUCAAGACAUUGACAAACUCACGAUCGACAGUUUUUCACAAUUACUCACGUUAAACUGGUUACAGAAAAGCUAUGACAAGUUAACCACGGACGCACCAAUACAGUAA